AUGCCUCCCAUCCGAACUGAGAAGAGCAACGCGGCCGCUGAUGCUCCAGCUCCCGGCACCGACGCCCCAAAGAAAAGGCUGCUGAAGCCCGUCUCCAAAGGCGUCAAACAGGCCCGCUUCAAAAGCAGCGUGACUGAUUGGGAUGGCAAAUACCAUAACCUCAUUGGGACCUCGACUAGAAUGAUUUACUUUGGCUAUGCAUUUGUCUUGACUGAUGACCAUAUCGAAGACAUCUUGGCCUUGUCACGUCAAAAUGGUGCCAGGGACCUCACCAACGAAGCUGUCAUCCGUCUAGCCAAAGCUCUGCCCAACCUCAGAACCGUCAGUCUCCCCGGCGCAGACAAAGUCGGCGACGCAAGUUUCCUCGGCGUGAUCUCCAACUGCCCAGACCUCAGACUCCUCGAGAUCACCCCAGCCAGUACUAGCUCAAUGAAGAUCACUGCGAAAGCCUUUGAUGAGCUUUGUGCACAUCCAGAGUGGGCGCCUGGUCUCAAGCAGAUCAUCAUCCCCAAUGACGAGCACAAUAAGGAUUUUAUGAAGUCUAUGCGUGCGCUGGGCAAGCAGAGGGAGAAGUUGGUGAUAACGCUGCUUUAUCGCAGCGAGGAGAAGAAAUGGGGAGACUGGGAGAUAACGACGAGUCCGGAACAUUUUAUCAAGGGUCGCAGGUGCUCACUGGAGAAGACGCCCCGUGGUAUAGCUCAGCGCUGGGGUCAGGAUCACUCUAUCCAAGUCUGA